CUCUCCUUAGCCUCUCCCCUCAUUAAAGAAAUCUCAUCGUACCCUCACCAUAUCCAGCCGCAGAUCUCUGCUUCUCUUCUCUUCAAACCCCUCUCUCUCUCUCUCUCUCAACUUCUGAAGAACAAGAACUGGCAAACAUGUUCAACUCUCCAGAACUUCCUGAUUGUUUCUAUCAUGGCCAACCGGUUCUAAUCUCCCCUUCCAUCCCUACCCGAAGCCAUUCUCUUUAUCUCUCUAAUCUUGAUGAUCAAAAGUUUCUUAGAUUCUCCAUUAAAUAUCUCUACCUUUUUAAAAAAUCUGUGAGCUUAGAUAUCUUGAAAUAUUCACUCUCUAAAGUUCUUGUGGACUACUACCCAUUAGCCGGGAGGUUGAGAACCAGCAAAGAAGACGAUCAGAAGCUUGAGGUUGAUUGCAAUGGAGAAGGUGCGGUCUUUGCUGAAGCUUUCAUGGAUAUUACAGCUGAACAGUUUCUUGAACAUUCCAGGAAACCAAACAGGUCUUGGAGAAAACUUUUGUAUAGAGUGGAAGCCCAGAGCUUCUUGGAUAUUCCUCCUCUCGUAGUUCAGUUGACGAAUCUACGGUGCGGAGGAAUGAUUCUAUGCACCGGGAUUAAUCACUGUCUAUGUGACGGCAUAGGCACUUCCCAGUUCUUACAAGCAUGGGCUCAUAUCACCACAAAACCGAAUCUUGAUCUCCCAAUCCUACCGUUGCCGGUUCACACCCGAUACGUGCUAAAACCCCGAAAUCCCCCGCAAGUAACCUUCCCACAUCCCAGUUAUGUCAGAAAUGCCCCUCGUAAAGACAGCGAACCCUUGGGUCUUAACCACUUUUUACAGUCUCAGCCACUCGUGCCCACCUCCUUAACCUUCACCACUUCUCAUAUCCUCCACCUCAAGAGGCAGUGCGUCCCAUCCCUCAAAUGCACUACCUUCGAAACAUUGGCAUCGCACACAUGGCGCUCUUGGGUUAGAUCACUUGACUUGCCAUCUGCUCUCAACGUUAAGCUCCUUUUCUCAGUUAACGUCAGGAAAAAGUUAAUACCAGAAAUGCCACAAGGGUAUUAUGGGAAUGGAUUUGUUCUAGGGUGUGCUCAGACCUUUGUUAAGGAUUUGGUCUCUAAUAAUCUGCACCAUGGGAUCAAGUUGGUUCAGCAAGCUAAAUCAAGUUUAAGUGAUGACUAUGUGAGGUCCAUGAUUGAUUUGUUGGAGGAUAAAACGGUAAAAACAGACCUUUCUGCAAGUUUGGUUAUCUCGCAGUGGUCCAAGUUAGGAUUAGAAGAUUUAGAAUUUGGAGAAGCUGGGAAGCCAUUGCAUAUGGGUCCUCUGACGAGUGAUAUAUACUGCUUGUUUUUACCGGUUAUCGGCGAUGCUGAAGCUGUCACCGUGCUUUUGUCGCUGCCGGAGAGUGUGAUUGGGAAGUUUGAGUAUUAUAUGAAGGAGGAUUAUUGGGAGAAAGAAGCCAAAGGGAAUGGGUUUCAUCAAGAAAAUGGGUUGAUGUGAAGAACCUUAUUACUUAUUAUGUAAAGAACUCUAAUAAUUAAGAACCAUGUUGUGAUCAA